AUGUCUGACAACAUUACCAUUAACCAGGUCGAUCUCACCGCACCAACUCCCCAAAAUACACCCCUGACACACGCACCCAUUGCGGCCGGCCUCUCUCGUCCUACUGUCCCCGACAUCACCGAAGACAAUGAAGGUGAAGAGGAAGAGGAGGACUCUCCAAAUGCCGUGCAACAGGCCAUGCUUGGUCUAGUGCAAGGAAAAUUGUCUAGUCUGGUCGGAAAGAGUUCAGGAUACAUCGAGAGCCUGCCUGCUGAAGUCAAAAAGAGCGUGGAGGCGCUGAAAGGCGUGCAGGUCAAGCAGGUUGAACUGCAAAAUCAGUACAAGAGGGAAUGCCUCGAGCUGGAGAAAAAGUACAACGAGCUGCAAAAGCCAUUGUACGAGCGCCGACAUGCCAUUAUCACCGGUGCUGCCCAGCCAACGCCUGAGGAGGUGGAGGCUGGUGAGAAGGAGUCCGCGAAGGACGACUCCGACUACUCGCCUCUGUCAAAAGAGGUGGUCGACUCUCCCGCCGCCCCCAUUCCCGAAUUCUGGCUUACUGCACUGAGGAACCAUGUGGGUCUGUCGGAGAUCAUCACAGAUCGGGAUGCCGGCGCGCUCAAGCAUCUGAUUGACAUCCACCUCUCGUACUUGCCAUCCACGGACUCCAAGCUCGGUUUCAAGCUCUCCUUUGUGUUCAGCCCGAAUGAGUACUUUGAGAACGAUGUGCUCGAGAAGACAUAUCUUUACCAGGAGGAGAUUGGUUACUCGGGUGAUUUCAUGUACGAUCGCGCGAUCGGUACAGAAAUCAAGUGGAAGGAAGCCAAGGACCUGACGAAAGAAUUUGAGCUUAAGAAGCAGAGGAAUAAAAACACGAACCGGACUCGCGUGGUCCGCAAGGCUCGCCCGACAGAGUCCUUCUUCAACUUCUUCUCGCCUCCAGAGCCGCCCAACGAGGACGCCGCUGACGAGAUGGAUGAGGUAGACCUAGAAGAACUCGAAGAGAAACUGGAGGUGGAUUAUCAAAUCGGCGAGGAUAUCAAGGAAAAGAUCAUCCCUCGUGCCAUUGACUUCUUCACUGGAAAGGCGCUUGAGUACGAAGAUUUGGAUGAUGACGAUGAUGAGUUUGAAGACAUGGAUGAAGAUGAUGACGACGAUGACCGUUUCGAGGACGAGGAUUCGGAUUCGGAUGCAGACCUCCCCGCCAGACGACGCGGCCCACCCAAAGGGCGGGGUGCAGCGGCUAACAACAACGUGAACCCGGAGGAAUGCAAACAACAGUGA